UAGUAGUAGUGAAUAAACAAGCAUAGUAAAAAAUGGGGAAAUACAAAAUUUUUAUGUAAAUUUUAAAUUGCCGCGAUUUGUUUGGUACAUGCGUAUUUGAUAUUACGCCUCCUACUCUAAAUACCGGACAUUGCACAUUGCAGCAAACGACAGGGUCAUCAUGAUGAAAUCAAUAGUAGUGAAAACCGUUUAGUGAUAAUUUUCAUUGUUAAAAAAUAUUGCUAAAAUUCGUGAAAAAGUGAUUUGUGUUCAGCCUUUUACGUAUGGAAAACUCAAACUCGGAAGGUGUCGUCCUACCGGACAUUUCCGAAGCCGAACAUCUUGCGAAUGAGCACGAUGGCGGCGAUAAUGGCGAUUCUGUUAUAGAUUCAAAGAAACCUCUUGUAUCAACAGUCUCAGUUAGACAUGCGGGGGUACCUGUUAGUCUUCCCGUGGGAUCGCUUAUCACUAGCACAUUCAAUGUUAUUACACAAGAUCAAAUUCCUCAUUUUAAACCUAUGUUAUGUGUCGAUAACAGUGGUUAUUUAGCUACAGAUGGAUCUGGCGAGGAACUUAAAACGAUUGUUAUACAACAAGAAGAUGUUUCUGGCACUUCUGUUAAUACUACAGUUUCAAAUGCUUCAGUGGGAACAUGGAAUGAUGCUGCAAAUGCAGCUGUAUUACCUGUAAGGUGCAAAAAUACUUCCGCUGAACUUCAUAAAAACAGAUUUGGCUCUGGAGGUAGGGGGCGUUGCAUUAAAUUAGGAAGUUCUUGGUAUACACCUAGUGAGUUCGAAGCACUUUGUGGACGAGCAUCUAGUAAAGAUUGGAAGAGAAGUAUUAGAUUUGGAGGAAGAAGCUUACAAACUUUAAUUGAUGAAGGUAUAAUUUUACCACAUGCAACAAGUUGUACAUGUGCUGCAUGCUGUGAUGAUGAAACAGCCACUGGACCUAUCAGACUUUUUACACCUUACAAGAGGAAAAGGAGGAAAGAACAUGAUUCUAUUAAAAGGUCAAAUGGAGAUGAUAGUGACCACCAAACGAAAGAAGAAGCUUGGCAAAGUUUAGCUGAAGGUUUGGACUCCACAGACUAUCAGUUAAUUGAAACUGUAGGAAAUGCGGAUCCACAAACACAAAUAAAAAGGUUGGAAGAGAUAGCUCUACAGAUAAAUAGAUUAGCUUUAGAAUUUAGGAGAGGAAUAGAAGAUUUAAAAGAUACAAUGAGUAGGCAGAAUGAAAAAUUUCAUCGGGAUAAAGAAGCUGCUAUUCUAGCAGCAAGAGUUGAAGCACAAGUGGCGGCUCUACAACCAGAAAGCAAUUCAGAUUCUACUUUACAACCUGCCAUAGAUAACGAAAAUCAUAAAAAAUGUGCAAACUGUAAUCGAGAAGCUUUAGCAGAAUGUUCUUUGUGUCGAAGGACUCCAUAUUGUUCGACGUUUUGUCAGAGAAAAGAUUGGGCGUCUCACCAAGUAGAAUGUGUAAGGGGAGUCUCUGCACCCAACGAUGCCCAACAGUCCAUUAUGCUUAUAGUAGAGAGCACCGACCAACAGUGAUGUGUUUUUAUUUUACAUGUUUUACUUGAAACCAAAUAAUUUAUGAAUAAUUAUUAAUAGACGAUUAAAACUUUAUAUUGAGGUAACGUAUUGUUUUUGAAAUUCGGAUAAUAUCCGAAAAUUGUUUUAAUUUUAUUUGUAAUAUUUCUUAUUUAUUUAUACGUUUCACCUUUUUUGUUAAUAUUGAAGUUGAAAAUUGCUUUUUAUAAUUCCAAGUUUAUUUAUUUUUCACAAUCAAAACCAAAUUCAAUGUUUAUGUCCAUGAAAAAAAUGGAGUUUGUGUGAGAGUCAUUAAUCACACAAGUGCACAAUCAGUGAGAGUAUAUAACUAUAAUAUAGAUUCUAAUAAAUUCCGUUUUCACAACUGGACUAUUUGAAACAUGUAGGAAUUUGUUAAGAAUUUACUUAGUUUACAAGUCCUAUUUUAGUCUCAUUUCAUUGUUUUUCUUUGAUUCUUCCUUUUUAUUUUGACCUGAUAUAGUUCUAUCUUCUUGAUUCUUGUUGGCAGUCUUUUCCAGCAGAAGUUAACGUCUUUAAGGUUUUGUAGAUUUCUCAUUAUUGUUUUUAUUACACUCCCAAUUGAGCUCAAGAGGCUAUCAAUCGAGAUUAUUUUGUCUAUUGUACCAUAAAUCUAUAUUUGUAACAAAAAAUAUAAAUAAUUUUGGUAUUUAAGUGUACCUUAUAAAAAAAGUGAAGUGAGUAAUUUUCGAAAAUUUUCUGGGUACUAACAUCUUUCAUGCAAACUAAACAGUAGGAUACGGACUGGACUGACUUGGGCUGCAUUAGGCAAGCUGAGAUAUGUAUUAAAGUUAGAUCUAUCGACAUGCCUCAAAUGAAAGGAGUUUGACUUAUACGUCCUCUCAGUGUUGACUUACGACUCAGAAACACUAACGUUAACAAAAAAACCUGUAAAUAAAAUAAGAACUGAACGAGCCUUGGAAAAGUCCAUGUUAGAAGCAGGAUUGCCAACUCUGGGCGACAGAACACUAAAUCAAUAAAUAAUUAAUGUUAAUAAUUUAUAUUAACUAUUGACUAUAUGGAUUUAAAACACAUAUAAAAACGUUGUCAUUAAACAUUUAUUCAAAUAAUGAGUGUUGUACUACUUUAUUACCAAAUGAUUAUUAAUAAGUAGCAUUAUAUUACGUGAACUGACAUCUUCUUAAUCUAAAAUAAUUUUGACCUUUUAUAGCACUAUGUGACCUUCCCGUCACAAAUCGAUUCUUUGCCAUUUAAAACUAAAAUAUUUCGAAUCCGUUUCAGGCAACUGUAAAAAGAAUAAUGUAAAUGACGUAAGUGCCUUAAUUGUCGAACACACGGUCCAAACUACCUACUUACUAUUUACAAGUGAAUUAGAAAGUUUUUUAUAAAGCUACUCAUUACAUGAUUCAAUUUCUUCCGACCCCUUUAGGUUGGCAAACUAGCCAAACCUUGACUGGCUCAAAAUGUGGUACUGCCCAGCGAACCUGAACUUUGUAUGUUAUCGUGCGUCUAUCACGAGAAAUACCUCGCAACCUAAAUUACAGACUAUAUUUUGACAAUCACUUUACAAGCUUGCUACUACUAGAAUACUCGUCAAAAAACAGAGUCUUGGUAAGAUACAAUUCGCCGAAACUGGAUUCCAGAUUGCAAAUUACCUACAAAGAAAUUUCCAAGAAGGAUAGAAGCUAUUCUUUUGAGUUUUUUGUUGAUGCCAAAGGUGUAGAUAUAGCUUGAAAAUAGAACAAAGUGGUGAAUGCAACAACAAUUUUGUCGGAGAAAUACCAAAACCACAGAUGAGGAGGUAUGACAAGAACAAACAAAUCACAUGACUAUGGCUCAUAAAGCCAAAGGCUUGCGAUAAAAACACUUGAGCUCUGCUGAUUUCCGAAUUGAAGCUUCUAAAACUUUAUGUGAGCUUAGUGUACCAUCGAAGAAGAAGAGCAGUAGAUUUAUCGAAAACAACAUAAGGGUCCAGCACUACAUGUGCCUCCAACGUCCAUCGAGCAAUAUUAGACAGGACACUGACCUGUUUGGACAGAAGACAGAAAUUUCUCAAAUACUCUAACGUUUCGCAAACAAUGUGCGAGAAGGGUGGCGUUUAUGCAACAAAGAACACUAAUUGUUGAGUUACCUAUAUGAUGCAGUGUGACAUUCUUUUCACAAUGUAGAUUUGAUUCUCUAAAAAUGAAAAAAAAUUCCAGAAAUGCGUAUAUUUUUUAUUUCUUUCCGUUAACAUUUUUCUCUGCUUAUUUUUUAAAUUGUAUAUCUUGCUCUGCAGAGAGUUUAUAAAUACCAUUUAACAAUAACCUGUAGAAUUAUAAAAAUGUAUGGUAGUAUGGAAUAAUCAGUAAUAACUAAAAAAUCCAUGAGCUGGCUACCAUUAUUUAACAUAAAGAGUUCAUAUAGUUCCUUCAAGUUGGAUAAGCUAGUCAUUAAAUUUGAUCAUAAUGACGUUUGUUGGCUCUUGAGCUUUUAAUUCUGAAGUGGUUUUCUUCAUUAAAACUUUGAUCCAUUAAUUAAUCUUUACCAAUAUUGCUCAAUUAUAAAUUCACUACAAUUAUUUGUUAACUUCGUAAGAAGUUUUAAAUUUCAAGGACACAAGCUGAAUA